AUGGCUGCAAACAACAAUAAUGGACCGAUUAAUGGAGUUGACAUUAGGAAUGUCGAAGAUCCUAAUGACUUGGAAAAAAUGGUGAUGAAUAAGAACAAAGGAAAAUUGAAGAAGAAUAGAGAGAGGGAUGGCAUUGAAGGACUCGAGCAAGAUCAUCAAAAUCUUCGUGUGACGAAUAAUAAUAAUAAUGUUAAGAGAAAAAUGUGUACCGAGUGGACUCAGGAGUUGCACGCGAAAUUCAUGGCUGCUGUGGAGGAACUCGGUGAAGGAAGAUGUUUUCCUAAGGAGAUUUUGGAGCUCAUGAAUGUGCCUGGUUUGACCAGAAUGCAAGUGGCAAGUCAUCUGCAGAAAUGUCGUAACGACAACUGGCGUUCGCCUCUCGAGCGAAAGUCUCAACAAUCCACUCAACCAGAGUCUGACGACCUGAACAGGCCCACGCACAAGCCCAGGAAAUUCGGGUCAAAGCCCGUAUUGAAGACCUGUUCGGGUCAAUCCUAUGGACCCGAACAAGGAUCAGAAAUCCAAUCUGAAAAUGAAACGCCGAGUGAUGGGACUCUUGCAACUGAAACACCACCACUAAAUGGUGCUUCCAAUUAUCAUCACUUUCACCAGCAUUACGGGCCCAUUGGGCCCGGCCCGGGCACUAUUCGGGCCGGUUCAAGCUCAGCAAAUCAUAGGCACCCGGCUGAUGAGUUCUUAAGCUUUCAAGAAGUGGAUUGUCUAAUUCAAAACUUCUCGGGCUUUUCACAUGGAACUGGGCUGCAUUACCCGAGCCCAGCCUCAGGCCCAUAUAACUUUGCCUCGACUCACCAAUAUGAGCAGAAUUCAGGUGGGCGAAGCAUGGAGAGCAAGAGCCACUGGAGUUCAGACACAUCAAACUUUGAGAGUGACCAAUCAGCUGAAACCUAA